GUGUACUUUUUCACUCGGCUCGUGCGCAUGCGUCACAUCCGGUGUUCAGACGCGCGGAAAAUGGCGGCUGCCUUGGAGAGGAGCUUUAUAGAGAUCUGCGGGUUUGAGAGGGAAACAGUGUCCCGGUUUCGCGACCUCAGCAUUAAUCUGGGUGUCAGUGCGCCCCCUGGUGGUGGGAGGUUUGCAGACAGCGCAGGGGCUUUCUCUUAUGAGGAGAGCGGAAAACUUCUGUCUCUCACCAGCAACCGAUUCAUCCACUGGUCCACGUCAGGAGACAUUGUUCAGCUGGUGGAACAGUCUCUGGAUGUAAACCUGUUAAACAACUCUCUCCGUCUGAAGAUCCUGAACUGCAGCGUGCUUCCUGGAGGCGUUCACAUCCAUGAGACCCUGAACAAUGUCGUUGUCCUCAUAGUCACCAACCAAUCAGUGCACAGGAUGGUGCUGCCCCAUCCUACACGCAUGUACCGCAGCGAGCUGGUGGCUGAGUUGCAGAUGCAGAGUGUGUUCACGGAUGUGGGGAAGGUGUGUGUUCAGGAAGCCAUUCACUCCUUCACCCUGCCGUUGACUCAGAACCCCAUCACGUCUUCCACCUGGCUCAGCAUGCAUGGCCACGCCCAUUUUGCUUUGGCCACUCCUGCUGGGGGCAUCACCAUAGUUACGUUACCCCCCCAUGAUCAGCAGGGUUCGCUAUCAGUGAUUGAGUUAAAGCAGAGUUCAGUGAUGCAGAGGUUAGCCGGCUGGGUCCCCACUGCCAUCAGAGGUGACCAGAGCCCAUGUGACCUAGCGGUGAGUUUAGCUGUGUGGCCGAUGGAGGAUGACACCUUCAUCUUCGCUCUGUGUCAGGAUCAUAAACUGCGCGUCUGGUCUUAUAAGGAGCAGCAGUGUGUGUUGGUGGCGGAUGUGUUGGAUUACGUCCCUGCGGGUCGGGCUGAGCUGAAGAACAGCUUGGGCGUCUCUCACCGCCUGCGUGUGUGUGUGUCGGGUUCUGCGGGUGUGUGUGUGUGUGUUUACAUCGCCUCUCCAAACAGUGGUCAGUUCUGUGUCCUGCAGCUCGGCUCCAGUAACAGCACACGCUACAGCCUGGAGCUCAUCUCCACCAUCUACAGCACACAGGAGACUCUGGUGGACUUUGUUCUAACCUCCACUGAUAUUUGGGCUCUGUGGUUGGAUGAUGAUAAUCAGACUGUGGUGAAGUACAUCAACUUUGAGCAUAACGCCGCAGGCAUGUGGAACCAGGUGUUUGUGCAGCCUGCACCAGAAGAGGAAGUGAACAUUGGGCCUGAGCAGGACCCCAGAGAGACCUACUUGGAUGUUCUUUUUUCUCCUCUGCGCUUUACUGCUGCUGCCAUUGUAAAGGCUCUACAGAUUUACAAACGUGGCACAGAGCGAUUUCUUGACUUAACGUGGGAGACACUGAAGAAAGAAGUGACUCUGGCUGUAGAGAAUGAGCUCCAGAGUAGUGUGACAGAAUUCGAGUUCUCUCAGGAGGAUUAUCGAAUGCUGCAGGUGGAGUUCUGGUCCAAGUUCUAUGCUUGCUGUCUGCAGUACCAGGAGGCUCUGUCCACCCCCCUCGCCCUGCAUGUGGACCCGGCCACCGCUAUGGUCUGCCUCCUCAAGAAGGGCUUGGUGUCGUUUCUGCUGCCCUGCUUCGCUGUGGAUCACCUGUACCUGUGCUCUGAUGAGUACCUGUUCUCCGAGGAGGAAACUCCUGUAGCUGAUGAACCGGAGCUGGGUGGAGAUGUCCUGCAGCUGGUGCAGUGUUUGCGUUUAGUGAGCGAGUGUUUGCAGGGGGACAUGGUGUGUGUGAUGGACAGAGCGGUGGAGAUGUUGAUGUCUCCAGAGAGAGCAGCAGAACAAGUGCUGGACAACCUGCUUACUAAUGACACUGAUAAUUUAGUUGCUGAUAUCACCAACAAGCUGCAGGAUGUGCGUAAUCCUUUGGCAGCAAUGAACGCUCUGCUCCGAGAGCUCGACCUGGAGGCGGAGUUAGACACACCUGACACAGGGCUGUCACGCACAGGCCGCUCUCUGAGCGUACGUCUCAGUCUGUCUCAGCUGUACAGCAGCAGCAUGGCUGUGAGUGUUGUGUGUCAGGCAAUGUGUCACAUGACCAUGACUCGAGCGCUGAUCUGCAGGGACCUGCUCAUCCUGCAGCACCUGUACCUGCACCUCGGAGACAAGGGGCUCCUGCAAAGCAGCUCUCAGUGUCUGCAGCUGCAGCAGGAUUUGAUCCCACGCUGUUCACACCUGCUCUGCUCAUAUCACCUGCUCAAGCAGCUCAGUCAGACCCUCGCUUCACCUGUACCACUCGACACACUAGACGCUAACCUGCAGCACCUGUCCGUGUUGAAGUUGUCUGAUUCCACAGCCGUUAGCGCAAACAGAUCAGUGUUGAAUCCUCAGACGGUUGUGGAACUGUUCUAUCAGAAUGUAGCUCAUAAGGUCAUUGUACUCCAGCUGUUUGGCCAGAGGGAGGUGCCAGAGAGUCACAUGAGCAGCCUGCACUGGAACCAGCUCAUCUCCAGUGUAGUGCAUCUUCUGACUCAGUUACUGUGGCCCAGUAACCCCAACUUCCUCUUCCCAGAGUGCAUGAUGGGAAACUGCCAAUACACACAACUCCAGGAGUACGUACGUCUGAUUGGCCCGUGGUGCCAGGCUAACGUAGGGUCGUGUCGGUUUGUCCUGGGUCAAGCGUACCUGGCCUGUGGAGAAGGACAGAAGGCGCUGCAGUGUUUCCAGGAGGCAGCACCGGAGGUGGAGAAGGAGGAGUUUCUGAUGAGAUUGACAGGAACGGAGGAGGACGAGGCAGGAACUACAGCACCUCGAUUACUCUACUACAACAAGGUUUUAAGACUCUUGGAGGACGUCGGGUUGCCAGAUCUUGUGGUUCAGUUAGCCACGCUGGCCGUAUCCGAGGCUGUGAAUGAUCAGCGCAGUCAGGCCGCGCUGUGGACACGUAUUUUUAAACACCAUCUGGAUCUCGGACACAACAGGGAGGCGUAUGAAGCUCUGACCCAAAACCCUGAUCCCAGCAGGCAGUUAGACUGUCUUCGGCAGCUGGUGGUGGUCCUGUGUGAACGCGCUCAGCUACACGAUCUCAUCCAGUUCCCUUACAUCAACCUACAUGAGGAGGUGGUGGGGAUUAUCGAGUCUCGUGCCCGUGCUGUUGACCUGAUGACCCAUAAUUAUUACGAACUUCUCUACGCCUUCCACAUCAAUCGCCAUAACUACAGGAAAGCUGGUACAGUGAUGUUUGAGUACGGGAUGCGUCUGGGUCGUGAGGUUCGGACUCUAAAGGGUCUGCAGAAGCAGGUGAACUGUUACCUGUCUGCUCUGAACUGUCUGCGUCUGAUUCGUCCAGAAUACGCCUGGAUCAUCCUGCCUUCAUCCGGUUCUGCUUGUGAGAGACCAGGUGCGUCCCCCAAGCGCAGCCAUGAUGGAGAUUUGGCUCCGCCCCCAGCAAGUCGUCAGAUUGAAAUACUGGAGCUGAAGGAUCUGGAGAAGGAGUAUGUUCUUGCACGUUGUCGUCUUACACUUGCGCAGCAGGAACCAUCCUCAGCCUCUAUAGCAGGCAGUGCGUCGGCGGUGGAGAUGGUGUCCCUGUUGGUGCAGGCCGGACUGUUCGACACGGCACUGUCACUGUGCGAGACGUUCAAACUUGAUCUCACACCUGUCUUUGAGGGACUCACCUUCAAGUGCAUCAAGCUUCAGUACGGAUCUGAUCAGAGCCACAACGAGGCGUGGAACUGGUUAUCAGCCAAUCAGCUGCCCAAUCUCAUCACUACUAAAGAGUCCAGUGCAACAGAUGAAGCGUGGAGACUUUUGGCCUCAUACCUGGAGAAACAUCAAUCCCAGAAUGCUCAGCAUCAUCGCUGCGUCAUUAACAGGCUGCUGUCACAUGGUGUGCCGGCUCCUGAUUGGCUGCUUAACGCGUAUAAGGAAGUUGAUGCUGCAUCCAUGUUACGUCUCUACCUGAACUAUGACCUGUUGGACUCGGCCGCUGAGCUCGUGAUGGAGUACGUGGACGCUCUACUGGGGAAGGGACAUCAGUAUUUUGGAAUAGAGAUGCCUCUGAGUGCAACAGCACCGCUCGUCUGGUUGCCCUACACCUCCAUCGACCAGCUGCUUCACAACCUGAGAGAGAGUCAGACUCCGAGCAACACGCAGGUGUACGAGAAGCUGAGGACGAAGCUGGCGGAGUAUCACACACAGGUGGAGCGCAGCAGCAAACACAGACUGCAGGUUCCAGCCUGAGCGCCUGCACACACACACACACACAAGACUGUGUCUCUCUUCAGUGCUAUGUAAAAUUUUAUAUGGAAUUAAAAUGUUUUUGUAUAGA